AUGCCAGUUGCAUUGAACGGAUCCGUGCCGUUACCCUCGGUGCGCGUCUACACCAGCGUCACGGUACUGCUGAUGUCGGCCUGCCUCUAUUACGCACUCAUCAUGACCAGUGACCCCAACUGGAGGCAACACACGAACAUGACGAGCACGGCGGGGACGGCCACUGCAGCCGCAACAGCAGCCACCAACACACCCAACACACCGACCGGUGUACCGUCACCCGGUGGACCGGCCGGUGUACUGGACGGUGCCGUCGAGGGUGCUGGUGGUAAGCUGGAGGUGGGUGCCGGCACCGGUGCAUCCUUGCUGUCGGUGAAGGAAAUCGACACGCUCGAGGAAAAAAUCCUAGCCGCAGCGGACCUGUCCGAUCUGCGGCAAAUGCUGCGGGGAACCGACGGAACCGAGGACGACCCGCAGGAGGAAGGUGACGACGAGCGGUGGCUGGUGGUGGGGAACGAUACGCGAACGCUCGGUGCGUACCUGAAGGAUACGGUGUCGUUUAUGGCGACCGAACCAUUCUGCAUUUGGACAUUAAUCAACACCGCGUACUGCUGCCUGAUACUGCUCGGCAAAUCGAUACAGAAGUUCGUCUUCGGUGAGCUGCGGAUAUCCGAACAGCAGCACAUGAAAGACAAAUUUUGGAACUUCAUCUUUUACAAGUUUAUCUUCGUGUUUGGCGUCGUUAAUGUGCAGUAUUUGUAUGAGGUCAUACUGUGGGUGUCGUGGUUCUCGGCUCUGGGAUUCCUACACCUGCUGUCCCAGCUCAGUAAAGAUCGGUUCGAGUAUCUGUCCUUCUCGCCAACAACUCCAGGAUGGUCACACUUCCGGCUGAUCUCGCUGCUCGUUGCCAUCCUCACCUUGUCCGGCCUGAUGGUGAUGAUUUCGAUCGGUGUCGGUGUAUUCUUCGGUGGCUUCAAUACGUUCGCGUUCAUGGCGGCGGAGUGCAUCUUGUUGGGAAUACGCACGCUGCACGUAUUGAUACGGUACGGCAUGUUUUUGCACGAUAUGCGCCAGGGUGGAAUCGCGAAUGAAUCCAUCUCGUGGGAUAAACGCGGUCCAGUAGCAUAUUAUAUUGAGCUUUCGUUCGAGGUGGCCGCCUUGAUCGUGGAGCUGGUACAUUAUCUGCACAUGAUGCUGUGGAGCAACAUUUUCCUGUCGAUGGCAAGUCUGGUGAUACUGAUGCAGCUGCGCUAUCUGCUCAACGAAAUCCAGCGCAAGAUCAAGAAGCAUCGCAACUAUCUGUGGGUGUUGAACCACAUGGAGAAGAGCUACCCUUUGGCAACGAGCGACGACUUGAAGCAGAACUCGGACAACUGUGCCAUCUGUUGGGAGAAGAUGGAAACAGCAAGAAAGUUACCUUGUGCCCAUCUGUUCCACAACUCCUGUCUACAGUCCUGGCUGGAACAGGACACCUCCUGUCCCACGUGUCGUUUGGGACUGAGCGUUCAUCAAAACGGUGGUCCACGGGGCAGUCCACUGAUACCGGAUGACAUCCGUAUCGAUGAUCAGGACGGAGCGGUCGGGGGAGGUGGUGGUCGUACGGCCAAUAAUCAUUUCUUCCACUUCAACGGUUCACGUUACGUGUCCUGGUUGCCGAACUUUUCCGUCGAAGUGACACACAUCAACAAUAUGCUGCGUCCAUCGGAAACGCUUCCGAUCGCGGCAGCCGCUGUGGGUAAUCAUACGUCGCAGGUGCGAAACAUGGCACGUCACGUACAGGAGAUGUUUCCGCGGUAUCCCCUAUCCGUGCUGAUCGGUGAUCUGCAAAUUUCGCGCUCGAUCGAGGUAACGAUUGACAAUAUCCUUGAGGGACGCCUGCAGGUUCCGGCGAACACUCCCGAAGAUGAUGACGAGGAGACAGUGGGGGUGGGAAGCGGUAUCGGUGGUACCGGUUCCAUCAACAUGAGUAGUACGAUCGACGAGGACAAUGAUGAUGAUGAAUUGUCUGGGGAGCUCUCGCAUCGAUCACUUCCAAAUUCAUCUUCAGGAUCGUCGUUAUCGUCAUUGUCCUCACCACCCGGAUACGAGGUGGAACGUGGCACCAAUAUUUUCGGCAGUUACGAUACUCUCCUGCGUGAUGAUACUAUAGAGGAGACUACACCGACCACGACCAUCCCGCUUGGGGACCGUUUCUCCAAAAGUCCAGAAGAGCGAGAAAAAAUACUACAGCGUCGAAAGGAGCAGCUACUCGCACUGGCUCGAAGAAGAUACUUGGAGAAGAAUAAAUCCGAGCUAAAUCAUCAAGCGUCCACGUCUGCGAGCGGUUGUUCGUCUUCCUCCAGCAGUGUUCGGCAUCGAAACAAAAGCUGUAUGGAAACGACUACGAGUACUAGCAGGGAAAGUCCUAGCGGCAGUGGAAGCAACCUGUCAACACUGAACCUGUCCUUAUCAUCGAACCAUCAUCAGCCGCGGCAAUCGACGGAACAGCUGGAUCAGGUGCAGCAGCAGGAGCAACAUUCGGAUAGCAGUUUUUAA